GACCAAUUCUACACAUUCUAGAUCAUUAUUCUGAGGGAUGGAGUCUAUUUGAACUUAUUCUUUAUGUAAAUAAGCAAAUGGGUAGUCAGUCACAAUGUUCUGAGUGGAUUCAAAGUUACAUUGACAUUAUUCAAACUUAUGUGUUUUGUGAUGGGCACUAGAAAACGAUGGAAAUUUUACGAUUAUCAAAUUUAUAUGUAAUAUUGAAUGAUUUCUUCUGUUUAUGUCCUACCUGCCUACAGCGCAAAUCGUGCACAAUAAAAAAGUUAAUUUUACGCGUUUUGAACGAGUGGCUUAAUAUAAAAAAAUAUCUCAUUCUAUUGAAAGUUAUAUACGCGAACAGAUUUCUAUUAAAUAUUACAUUAAUGGGAAAGUAUUUUUAUGAGAACCAGGUUCUUUUUUGUGGCUAUAGAGAAAGCUGGAUUGAUAUAAAUAUGAGUCAAAUUUUCCAACAAUGUUCAGUCAUUCCUAAGAGAGCAUGAAACUGUUUGCAGAAAUUUGUAUUUUCCUAUGCGCCCUCGCAAUGGUGGUUGCCUAUAGGUUACCUGUAGACGACCAAAAUAGGCCACAGAGGCACAUCAGAGGUCACUAUGAUCCAGAAGCUGUAGAUUUUGGGGCCCACACUGGCAACCAUGGGGCUUUCGGAUGGCAUGCUGAUUUCCCAGUAUCUGAUAGAUAAAUCUUUUCUAGUUCCACUAUACUUUACCAAAGAUAUCUUUAUUUUUUUAUUAGUCUUGGUUUCAUAUACUUUUAUCUAUACCCACUCUUGUGCAUGUACUAAACUUAUGUCACUUACUAUGUGCUUCACUAUUUUUAGCAAAUUUUUAUCUGUCUAUACUUUGCCUCUCAAUAAAACAAUUUUUCAACAACUA